AAAUAUAGAAAAACUUGAAGAAAUUAAAUUGAAGAAAAUCAUCUCCUUUUAAGAAAGAAAAGUAAAAAUGGCAGGUCCAGAGGUUGAUGCAAAUGGGAAUGGCUCAUUGAAGUUGAAGCCAAGUGAGAGCAGAGGAAAGAACAUCCAAUGCAGAGCUGCGGUGGCUUAUGGUCCUGGAGAACCCUUUGUGGUGGAACAAGUUAUUGUUCAUCCUCCUCAGAAAAUGGAGGUUCGGAUCAAGAUCCUCUACACUUCAAUAUGUCAUACCGAUCUAGCAUGUUGGAAAGCUGAGAAUGAAGCUCAGCGCGCUUUUCCUCGGAUUUUUGGCCAUGAAGCUUCCGGGGUUGUGGAGAGUGUGGGAGAAGGAGUAACAGACAUAAGAGAAGGGGACAUAGUGGUGCCAAUAUUCAACGGAGAAUGUGGAGAAUGCUGUUACUGCAAGAGUUCCGUAACAAACAUGUGUGAGAGGUUUGGCGUGAACCCAAUGAAGAAGGUUAUGGAAAGUGAUGGAAAAAGCAGGUUCACAACGGUUCAAGGAAAACCCAUUUACCAUUUCUUGAACACAUCAACUUUUGCUGAGUACACCGUCGUUGACUCUGCUUGUGUGGUCAACAUCAACCCUCAACUCGCUCCAACCCUCAAACAACUUACCCUCAUCAGUUGCGGUGUCUCCACCGGAGUUGGAGCUGCUUGGAACAGUGCAAAUGUGCAUGCUGACUCCACUGUUGCAGUUUUUGGCUUAGGUGCUGUGGGGCUUGCUGUUGCAGAAGGGGCACGAGCUAGGGGUGCAUCAAAAAUAAUAGGUGUGGACAUUAAUCCAGACAAAUUCAUCAAAGCCCAAGCUAUGGGAGUCACCGAUUUCAUAAAUCCAAGAGAUGAAGAGAAACCAGUGAAUGAGAGAAUCAAGGAAAUGACCGGAGGAGGUGUAGAUUACAGUUUUGAAUGUGCUGGCAACUUGGACGUUCUAAGGGAAGCCUUCUUGUCUGCCCACGAGGGUUGGGGAUUGACUGUAGUACUCGGAAUUCACUCAAAACCAGAAUUGCUUCCAAUUCACCCAAUGGAGCUGUUCAAUGGUCGCAGAAUGAUAGGAUCAGUUUUUGGAGGUUUCAAAGGGAAAACCCAGUUGCCUCAUUUUGCCAAUGAAUGCAUGCAUGGAGUGGUGAAUCUAAACAAGUUCAUCACACACGAGCUUCCAUUUGAUGAGAUUAACAAAGCCUUUGAUCUUCUGAUUGCUGGAAAAUCACUGAGAUGUAUCCUACACCUCUAAAAGAAGUUCCCCUUUUGAGUGAUUUUGAUAAUUAAGAUGAAUCACUGUCCCACUAGUGUCCCUCAUGCUUAUUAUGAUGAUCUGAGUCAUCAAUAAGAGUACAGUAUAUUUUACCAUUCAAAGAGUCUGUAACACCUAUAGAUAAAAUAUGAAUAUGUGAAGAGAGGAGUUGUGCUUCUGAAUUUUAAACUGCAUUAUCUCACUGUAUGGAUGAAGUGUGCUGCAAUCAAGAAAGAAACAUGUUUUUGUGUGCCA